AUGACUUCUGGAUAUGUGAAGAAAAUGUACGGUACUUUGUUCUCAGUCAGUUCCAUUCAGUGCUCGUAUCAGAGGUGGGAUGAGGCCUGGAAAGAAGAUAAUUGUGAUGGGGAUAGUGAAUCCUGAGCCUGACAGGUACAUUGGACACACCCACAUCAUGUCUGCGUACCAAAUGGCACCUUUUUCCCUAUACAGUGCACUACUUUUGACCAGAGCCCAGGUCAAAAGUUGUGCACAGAAAGGGAAAAGGUUUCCAUUUGGGACGUCGAGCAUGACUAUCCUUUAUCAGAUACCAGUUAGCUCAGCUACAAAUAAUAUUGUAGUUUGAGAGUAUCUUGAUGUGGCUUACAUACAGUACCUUAGAAAAACCUGCUCUAAGUUGUAUUGGAAUUCUAUUGCCAUGUGGAGUGGGAAAAUGCCACAGAAGUUGGGAGGAUGGAAGUGUCAAUGUCAGGAUUGUAAUCCACUUUGUACAAGGUCAGUAAGUACCGUAGAUGUAAACAAUGAAACACAAAAUAUAUAACAGACGUAGACUACCUUUUCUAACACAUUUACCUUUCUUGGUCUUUGUGGCUACCCAGCUUUGACAUCAGUCUGGCCUGUGGGUGUGGCACAGUGGAGGAGGCUCCUCCCAUUGACGUGGCACUGGAGCUCUGUGCCAGGUUCGAGGACCGCCAGUUCCUACGCAAGGCCUGUGUCUCAGGUAUCUGGGGUGACGCUGAGAAGCCCAUCCCCUACUUCCCCUUCAUCGAGGAUCAACCUUUCCGGGUAUGUGGAGGAUCUUCAUUUCUUCUCAGUGGCUCAUCUUUGUACUCCACCCUUUUAUUAUGUUUUUUUAAAAAAGGAAAAAAUUUUUUUUUUGGGGGGUUUUUUUUAGAUAGGGUUAUGA